AAACUUUAAAUAUGGUUCCUAGUGAUGACACUGAUGCUUGGAUUAUAAAGAACCGUCUAAUGGCAUUGCAGCAACUAAAGUCUGAUUUUCCUGAUCAAUAUUCCUCCAGUCUUAGCCUUUCUCCUCCAAACAUGACCGAUUCAUCUGGGGAAAUAUCUCCAGUUGCAAUGUAUAAUCCAUCAGAUCUUGGAGCUUUCAAUAUUUCACCAUUGUCAUCUAGAAAUUCACUUUCAUCUGCAAAUAGUUCUUUGAAAGAUGCUCCUCUUACUAAUGAAAAAUGUAAAUUCGAAAAACAUGAUAGGCCUAUCAUGCAUCAACAAGAUGGAAUAAAAUUAGAAUUAAUGCUUGGAAGAAAUUUUUCAAAGAAUGAAAAAUCUUCUGGGGUGAAUUCUUUAUUCCGUGGCAAAUUACAAUCUGGAUUCAAAACUGAUCAAAGUACUGGAGUUAUUGAUAAAAAUACAAAGCAAUAUUUGUAUGAGAAGUCAUAUCAAGAAAAAGAAACAGGGCCAAAAAAUUCAAAAUCUGGAAGUAGUAAUGUAGACUGUUGUGAGACAUUUCAUAAUAAUCAUAUGGACAAGAAUAAAAAUAAUGUAGCUAAGUUGGCAAGCUAUGAUGUUGCUUCUUUGAUGGUUCUGAAAUCCACAACAGGCUUCUUUGAUUCUCAUUGUCAUAUUGAUUUAUUGUUGGCUCGUGAGAAGUUUCAAGGUACAUAUGCUGAUUAUAUGGCUCAGCAUAAAGAUAGUUAUCCGCAAAGCUAUAAGGGUUGUAUAGCAGUCUUCUGCAAGCCAUUGACAUUUGCUAAGAAACAAAUGUGGCAAAAACAUCUUGAGCAAGAUAAUGUUUGGGGAGCUUUUGGUUGUCACCCAAAAUCAGCAAAAUUUUAUGAUGGCAAAACAGAAGAAGAUUUGUUAAAUGCUCUGAACCAUCCAAAAGUUAAAGCCUUAGGCGAAAUUGGAUUGGAUUAUUCAAAGGGAAAUCAGUGUUCAAAGUUAGAACAACAUCAUGCAUUUAGAAGGCAAUUAAGAAUUGCCCAAGAAAGGAAACUGCGGCUGGUAAUCCAUUGUCGGGAUGCUGAUGCUGAUACUAUUAAAAUUAUGCAUGAAAUACUACCUAGAGACACGAUUUUCCACUUGCAUUGCUUCACUGGUAGCUGGAAAAGGGCUCAAAAGUGGAUACAAGAAUUUCCUAAUGUUUUCAUUGGAAUCACAAACUUGGUGACAUUCCCUUCUGCUACUCCAACUCAUGAAGUAGUUCGGCAGUUGCCUUUAGAACGUCUGUUACUAGAAACAGAUGCACCUUAUUUUGUACCUUCAGUGGUUCCCAAAGGUACUAAUUCUUCCCAUCCUGGUAUGGCCAUACAUGUUGCAGCUCACAUUGCUGCACUUAGAAAGAUUUCUGUGGAUACAGUUCUACACUGGACAUCUACCAACACACGAAUUGUCUACAACAUAACAUAAAAGCUUCAUUCUACUGUGAUAAUCGAGUCUAAGGAUGCUUACAUCAUCUACUGUCAUGAGGUUACUCGUGAUAUUUUUCUCAGGAUGGAAUCCUCAAGAGCAAACUGGAUUGCUGUAAACCGUACAGAGAAGUGUUUUUUGCUUCAGUUGAUAUUUUCUACCACUUUCAAGCUACUGAGCAUUUAUUUUGUUAUGAAAUAAGAAAUUUGUGUGUGUAUAUUACACAAGAGAUUUAUUUUUUGUCAAUGAAUCUCCUAAAUUGACUAUUCAAGCAUUUGGCUUACAGUUAGCACUAUGGUGGGUGUAAUUUUUGGGAGUGCAAGUUGAACUACUGUGAAAUGUCAGAAUCUUCUGUUUAUACCUGAAAACAGGAUCUCUGAACAGUCCACUUCUGAGUGAAAUGACAAAAUCAUUUAUAAUUGUGAUUGCUGUAAAGUUUUUUGUUUAAUAUGCCUUUAUUAGUUCUGGAAAUUAGUUGGCACUAAAUUUUUUACAUUUUAUACAUGAUUUUUUAUUUUCUACCAUCAAGUGUUCCUGUGGUGUCACUUUUUAUUUUUUUAAGUAGUACACAACUUGCGUGUACAAAUUUGUUAUAAAUAAAAUGUUCUUUAAUUUGAAAUUCAAAUUAAACAAAAAUUUAUAAUAUGCUAUUAAAUUUGCAACCCAAAUUAUUCUGGCAAGAUAUUUUUAACAUUUAGUUUAAUAAUAAAAAAAUUGUGAUUCUUUUAUUUAACACUAAAUUUAUUGUUAAAUUUACAAUUGAUUUCAGUAAGAAAGCACUAAUAAUCUAAAGUAUGUAAAUAGUUUGAUGAAUUUUAAAUGAAAUACAAUGUUUAAAAAUGAUUCCCUACUUUCCUCAUAUUGUUCCUUCCUGUAAUGUCAUUGAUAUACUCUACGGGAAAUAGGAAGUCCACUGCUGUGGUUUGUUUUAUUACAUUAUCCAAAUCUGCAUACAGUUUUAUGUAAGGCUAUUCUUUGAUUUUUGAAUUCUAUUUUAUAAGUUAGUUCUUAUUAGAUUGUGACCAAUUUUAUCACUGAAAUAAAAAGUAAUCCCCUUUUUAUUAAUUUGCUUUUUGAAUAUUUUAUAAAAUAAAAAUAUUAAACAUAUUUUAUGAAAUAAAAACAUUAUUCUUAACGUGAUUGAAUAUUAACAUUAAUUUUGUCGACUUUACUUUUUAACUCAACCUGGACAUAUUUCCUAUAGCUUUCAUAGUUUAUGCUUUAAGUAGCAUUUAAAUGAUAACUUUUCAAAAAUCUGUCUUCUAAAAUAUUCAGCUUUAUACUGUUUAAAAUACAAUUGGAAGAGCAUUUGGCAGUUCAUUUUAUGUAUUAACUCGUUUUUCUUAAUUCAACCUAGACAUAUUUCUUAUAACUUUUAUAAUCAUUUUAAAUAGUUUACAUUAUAGAUGAGUCGUAUGGAAGUAUUUUAAAGUUUCCAUGUCUAGAAUAGCCUUUUCUGUGAUACAAAACAAUGCUUAUUGCAUUAUUUUAAUCAUAUAGAUUAAUUUUUAAAAUAAAAUAAGAUGCUGGAAUUGUAGAAUUGUAUGAAAAUAAGUUAUCAGUGUGUACCAUGAAAAUAUCUUGCUAAUUAUUGAUAAUGAUCCUUUUAUAAAGGCAGUUUUGCACUAAACUUACAAAGUAAAAUUAAAUUUUUUAAUUGACUUACUUUGAAUGUGAUCUUAUGAUUUCUUUCUUCUAAGACCCAUGAUGAAGAUGUUUCUGAGGUCUUCCAUUUUAAUUGAAAUUUAAUUUAAAUCUCUACAAGUGUUCUUGUUCAUAUAUAUCA